GGAAGUGCAGUAUAAUGCACGUGGAUGGAAAGGGGGAAAAAUGUCAGCUUCCUUGCUAAGGAAGGGACUGGAACUACUAGAGACGACGGGAGUGUCCGACUCGUGCUCCCAAAGAUCAGUGACCGCCGCCCCACCCAAUCAACUCCUGCUGAAAAAGAAGAAAAAGAAGAGUUCCGGGUCCAAAAGAGACAAGGCCACAAUCAAAGGAAGAAUCACCAAAUCUGCAUUAGAGGAGUAUCAGAAACAUCGAGCAGCUGACCACUUUAAGAAAAACAUGCAGUAUAUGAUGGGUACUCACUUUGUGGCAGACAGUAUCGUUACUGAAAAGAUUUUAGCCCAAAAUAGAGGGAGGAAAGCUAAAGACCGCCCUGUAGAAAAAGUGAAGAAACAACAGCCAGAAGCAACUGUUUUCACUGAAGAAGACUUCCAGAGAUUUGAGAGAGAAUAUUUUGGCAGAACUGGAACAAUCUGACAAAAGAAACUUGUUCAUCAUUGUUACAAAUCAAGCAUCAAAGCAGGCAGGUAUAGAUGAGCAAAACUGGAGGAACUUCAAACAGGAGCAAGAGUGGGUCAAAGAAGUAAUCAAAUGUUGAAGAGUGGUUGGAAAAUUCAUACUGAUGCAAUAUGGAAAAGUUGCAAGAAUGGUGUCUCCUUUUUAUUCCUUUCACAACAGUAUAGUUGUAUCUAUUAGCUGUCUAAUUUCCAGUUUUAAAAUUGUAUAAAGCAAGCCUUUAACCAUAUGAAACCAUUAUUUCCAAUUUUGUGGGAAGGAGUGCAUUUUCACGUUUCACUAGCUGUGUUUGGCACAACAUGCAUAUCUGUAGUAAAUUUAACUAACCCAAUUUUCUGGAUUUCCAUAAUAUGCUAUCCUAAGCUAUUCAGAUGGGUAAAUUACUCCAUCAUGCUAGGCUACAGUGGUUAGUUUGUAGCUGAGCAUGUACACGGAGUUGGUAUGUUUCAACCAUUAAAAUCAGCCACUAGUGAUGACUCAUAAGAAGUCUCUUCUUUCCCAGCCACUGCCCUUUGCUCCUCCCCAUCUCCCAAACCAGCUCUGCCAAAAUCAGGUUUCAAUCCAUAUUUGGAACAAAAUAGUCCCAGUCCCAAACAUCUGAAAAAUGGGGGCCAGGAAGUGCCAUUUCUCAGUUGCUGCUUCAGACUUACAGAACACAGUAGCCUUCCCUUGGAACUAAGACUCACCCUAUUCCUUUUAACAUUCUGGAAACUGCAUAGGACUGAACUCUUCUGUGAAGCAUUUGACUAAUUGUCACCAUUUUUGAAUUUCAAUUUAACUGUUGUGUCCUAUUUUCCUCUUGUAUUUUGGUUAUUUUUUUCCCUCUUAUUGUAAUUUUUAUUUUAUAUUGUCUAUGUUUGAAUUGAAUUAUGCUGAUUGUAAACAUUUUAACUGGUUGCAAGUUUUAUUGGACUGCUGUAAAUCAUUGUCUUUAUUGAUUCAGCAGUGUAAAAUAAAACAAAAUACAUUUCAGUUUGAGCACAAGCCAAUCAAAACCAGCUGUUCCACACACCAGAACAUUGUGCACAACUCUACAUUGAACUAUAAAACCAUGCUGGGUUCACACAACAUGCAGGUUAAAUUGUGAUCAAUAAUGAGUUUCAGCAUGUUUCAAACACGUUUCAGCCUCUUUUUACCUAGGUAGCAGUUCUUGCCUAAUUCCGUCAAUGUCAUCUUUCUUACCCCUUACAUUGGGCCAAAAAUAACCAAAAGCUAU